AUGAAGCCACUACAUCCCCGCACAGUCGUUCUAGAUGGCUUCAGACUCAGCGAGAUCAGGAAGCGCCUGCAUGAUGGUACCGAUGCCGCCCUUCAGGUGGCACUGAAAGCUCUUACCCGGCAGGCUGAUGAGUGGCUGACUCAAGGCCCCUGGUCUGUCACCACGAAAAAGAAAACCCCACCAAGCGGCGACAUACAUGACUACACCAGUCAGGCCCCCUACUGGUGGCCCUCACAGGGCUCACCGGAUGGCAAGCCGUAUGUCAAUCGCGAUGGAAAGAAGAAUCCUGAAGUUCUCAACUAUACGGACCGUGUGUAUUGGGAGAAGGUCUUCUCCUCCUCCACAGUCCUAGCCUUGGCCUGGUACUAUACACAGAAUGAAGCAUACGCCCGCCAUGCUGGUGAGAUUUUGCGCACAUGGUUCAUCGCGCCUGAGACUCGCAUGAAUCCAAACCUCAACCAUGCCCAGCUCAUCCCCCAUGCCAAUACGGGUCGCUUCAUCGGCAUCAUCGACUUUUCCCAGGCUUACACCAGCGUUUUAGAUGCUGCUGCUCUUCUAGCUACCGGAAAUAUUGGAGCACAAGGGCCUAGUGAAAUCUCAACACGGGCACCCGGCUGGACUGAUGCCGAUGUUGAGGCAUUCCGGUCGUGGAAUCUCGACUUCCUCUCCUGGCUAGCUGACAGCACAUUCGGCCGAGAAGAGCGUUCCCAGCGCAACAACCACGGCAGCUUUGCAGCCAUGCAGAUUGCCGCUAUAGCACUCUUCGUUGGUGAUUAUGACCGCGCCCGUAAAGAGGUGCUCGACACGCGCACCCAUCUCCUCAGCACCAUUUCUUCUGACGGAUCCCAGCCCGAAGAGCUCCGCCGCACUCGCAGCUGGCACUACUCAACCUUCAACCUUCUCGCGCUGACACGCCUAGCCUGCGUGGGGCAACAUGUUGGGGUCGAUUUGUGGAAGUUCACUGGUUCAGGUGGGGAGGGGAGCAUUGCCAGUGCAGUGGACUUCAUAAUACCGGCAGCGACAGACAGCGAAGUCUGGGCAUUCCCUGAAUUGGGCUUCAAGGCGUAUGCGGCGGCGGAUAUAAUCCGGACGGCGGCGAACGCGGGUCAUCGAAGAGCGAAACAGGUCUCGAGUAGGAUACAGAUGCCUCCUGCUGGUGAUCUGUGGCCGCUGAGACCGGCUCCAGAGCAACUUGAUGCGGUUAAAGUUGAUGAGCACUCUAUCUGA